CCCCCCACACCCCCCACCCCGGCUCGCCCCACACGCCCUCGGAAGCGAAGGCUCGGCGGGACAGCGCUGGGGGGCUGCCCGGCACCCCAGCCUCUCGUCCCCAGCCCGCAGCACCUCCGGGCCCCCCUUACCCUCAAGAGGCACCAGGAGUUGUCGCAGGGGGGGCUCGGGAAAUUCCCUGGACCCCUGUGCCAGGAGGUGCCCGGUGCGCCCGCCCGCUACCCCCCCCCCGGGGGCGGUGCCCGGGGGCGCUGCCCCAUGGAGCGGGGAGGCGGGCGCCGUCUGCUCCCGGAGCCGUGACCCAGGUCGGAGCUCUGUGUCGCAGCCACCCCGACCCCCGCGGAUCAUGCGCCGUCGCCCCUGGCUCGCGGGUCCUGCCGGACUGUGAGCCCCCUACUCCCCGCCCAUCACGGCCCGCGCGCCAUGGGCAGCACCCACCCUUGCCCCUGGCUGCGGCUUCUCCGACCUGGGCCCCAGCCGCGGCCCGCGCUCUGCGCGCUCCUGUUCUUCCUACUGCUGCUGGCUGCCGCCCUGCCCAGGUCUGCACCCAACGACAUUCUGGGCCUCCGCCUUCCCCCGGAGCCCGUGCUCGACGCCAACACCGUGUGCCUGACAUUGCCCGGCCUGAGUAAGCGGCAGAUGGAGGUGUGUGUGCGCCACCCUGAUGUGGCUGCCUCGGCCAUCCAGGGCAUCCAGAUUGCCAUCCACGAAUGUCAGCACCAGUUCCGGGACCAGCGCUGGAACUGCUCUAGUCUCGAGACUCGAAAUAAGAUCCCCUACGAGAGUCCCAUCUUCAGCAGAGGUUUCCGAGAGAGUGCCUUCGCGUAUGCCAUUGCUGCAGCCGGCGUAGUGCACGCGGUUUCCAAUGCCUGUGCCCUGGGCAAACUGAGGGCGUGCGGCUGUGAUGCAUCCCGGCGUGGGGAUGAGGAGGCCUUCCUUAGGAAGCUGCACCGCCUACAGCUGGAUGCGCUGCAGCGGGGUAAGGGCCUGAGCCACGGGGUUCCCGAGCACCCAGCCCUGCCCCCUGCCAGCCCUGGCCUGCAGGACUCCUGGGAGUGGGGCGGCUGUAGCCCUGACGUGGGCUUUGGGGAGCGCUUCUCUAAAGACUUUCUGGACUCCCGGGAGCCUCAUAGAGACAUCCACGCACGCAUGAGACUCCACAACAACCGAGUUGGGAGGCAGGCCGUGAUGGAGAACAUGCGGCGGAAGUGCAAGUGCCACGGCACCUCAGGCAGCUGCCAGCUCAAGACCUGCUGGCAGGUGACACCGGAGUUCCGCGCUGUGGGGGCGCUGCUGCGCAACCGCUUCCACCGCGCCACACUCAUCAGGCCGCACAACCGCAACAGCGGCCAGCUGGAGCUGGGCCCAGGCGGGGCUCCCUCUCCGGCCCCGGGCGUUCCCGGACCACGCCGCCGGGCCAGCCCUGCAGACCUGGUCUAUUUCGAGAAGUCGCCCGACUUCUGCGAGCGCGAGCCGCGCCUGGACUCGGCGGGCACCGUGGGCCGCCUGUGCAACAAGAGCAGCGCGGGCCCCGACGGCUGCGGCAGCAUGUGCUGUGGUCGGGGCCACAACAUCCUGCGCCAGACACGCAGCGAGCGCUGCCACUGCCGCUUCCACUGGUGCUGCUUCGUGGUCUGUGAGGAGUGCCGCAUCACCGAGUGGGUCAGCGUCUGCAAGUAGCAGAGGGCUCCCCUCCCUGAGACUGGCCUUUUCCCUGCUGCUUGAGACCUUGACAGAGUCGCCUUGGCUCCUGGGAGAGGAGGUUGAAUCACAUGAUCUUAUAGGAACCUUCCAGUUCUGAGGGUCCUCAAGUUUGUAAUCACGGGAAAGUCUAGACCUCCGUACGCACUUCUGUGGGCUCCAAGCUCCAGCUGCUCAGUUGGGCUGGGAAUUGCCCCACAUCCUGGGGCAAGUGCCACCAACCCCAUGCCUGGUUCCUUUCAUCCUUCCUCCCUUCCCCUGGAGUGGGAGGGAAUGAAUGGAAGCUGGUGGGCAGCGGGAAGAGGAUUGAAAAGAAGAAAUGGAGCGGCAGAGAUCCUAGAGAGGCCCAGACACCCUCCCAGCACCCUCCCUCAUCAUUCAAUUAACACAUAUUUAUUUUGCACUCUUUGUGGCCUGGUACUCUUCAGGGGAUGAGGGGUGCUGGGAAUACAGAUGUGAAUAAGAGAGACAGCACCUGCCCUCUUGGAGUUUACAUUCUGGCUGGGGGAGAUGGACAAUAAACAAGUAAAUACAUAAA